AUGCAAAAAUCAAGCAAGCAAAGAUCGAGAAUGCAAGAAUCAAGAAUACGACAAUCUGAAUUCGAAAAUGUAAUCAUCAAAGCCCAUGAUCUCAAUCGCGCUAUUGAAUCUCAAGACGAAGAUUACAUAAAUAAUUUAACAACCUUAAAUUUCAAGAUUAAUAAUACACACCGAGAUGUUGGGAAUACUCUACGUACAGCUGUGCGAGUCGGGAAUUAUCGAAUUUUCAAAAAGUUAAUAGAACUUGGUGCUGAUAUACACCAACGAAUUCCAGCAUCUGAACGACCGAUAUUAUACGAUGCCGUAGAAUCUGGAAAUUACGAUAUUAUCAAAUAUAUGGUAGAAAAUGGCGUAGAUAUUAAUGUCAGGUGGGAAGUUUCUUAUCGGCCCUGUUAUGAAACUGCAUUGACCCUUGCCGUCCAGAGAGCAAAUAUGAAGGUCGUAAAAUUAUUACUAGAUAACAAUGCUAACGUUAAUAUUAAAUCUAGAGAUGGAGUCACUCCUAUCACCCUUGCUGUUACGAAUAAAGACAAUGAUGCCAUGGAUGCAUUUAUAAAAUAUGCGCCUGAUCUUUUUUGUACAAUAGAAGUCAGUGGUAGGACUACAACAAUUUUUCAUUUCGCUAUUUGGUUUGGAAAUUGGAAAAUGUUAUAUGAGUGGCUAUUUGAAUUUGCCGAUACGAUUGAUGUUAAUAAUAAUAAUAAUAAUAAUAAUUAUAUUAAUUUGUUUACAUUCUUCAAAUCCCAAUUGUUACUUCAUUACGCUCUCACAAGAAACAAUCGCGAUGUAGAUACUAUGAGUUAUCUGCUUGAUGUCGGUGUUGAUGUUAAUGCUCUGGAUUCUGAUAAUAAAUUAGCUAUCGAGUCUUCGUUCAAAUUAGGAUAUUAUCCACAUGAUAUUUCAACUAUUAAGCUACACAUCGUAAAAUUAAUAGCUGCGGGUUUUUACGUAUGUGAUCGAAACAUUAAAGCUGUUAGUACAGGAGAAUUCGAUCAUUAUUUAGCUGAGUGUCGGUCAGAAGUUGAAAAAAUGAAAAAAAAUAAAAUAGAAGGCAGUAAUAUCACAUUUAUGGAGGUUUUACAUGAAAAUAUUUAUUACUUGGUACAUUACAUGAUGUUUGUUGAUUUGGUGAGUAUACUCAAACGUGAACCUAGUGAACCUAUUUUCCCAGAGUAUCCUAUAUAUGACAAUAUGCUUUUUUAUAAAUUGCUAAGAGUUUUUAAAAGAGUUAGUUGCAUAAAGGAUUCUAAGGAAAUUAUUUAUAACAUAUUUUAUGAAUUACAACUUCCAGAUACUUUUAUCAGAAAAUUGUAUUUCUGCUUGUCAAAUAAUGAUUUAGAAAAAAUUAUUCAACCCUCACAUGAAAAAAAGAGGGUACGACAUUUAAUGAACUUUCACCGUAGAAAGCCAAAGACCGUUCAGCCUCCGGUAAGGAGAUGGUAG